CAGCAUUGGUUAUUCACUAUCUUGGAUCACUGCUUAAAAAUUCUAAAAGGAUGCUCUAUGAUUGUGAAAUGAAAUUCUGCUUCAGACGUCCCACUUACAGUCUUUAAAGUACAGAGCUGCCAAACCUAAGUUGCUUAUUUCUGGAAUACUUCUGCAUUAACUGGAUUAAUGUUGCUGAAUUGAUUUAAAUGGAUUUGUGGUUUUAUCAGAACUUCUCCUUUAUGUGUGUUACUUCCAAGUGGAUACCGUGACUUAUAUAAACGAAAGGCUUUAAACUAGAAUAUCGCAGGAGAAAUAAAAUAUUCAGAAGAUUUAUUGUAACCGAACACAUUGAUCUUAUUAUCAGCAUAUGAAUGAUGGACUGUGAAAGAAUUGUGUGAUAAUAUUGCCACCAGCCAGGAGCAAAGAUGAAGACAUUAACCAGAAUGUAUUACAAGACACAUUUAUGGUUGUUGCCGGCAAUUGUUAUAUUCUUGAGGCUUCCACACAGCUCCUUGUCCUGUCCUCACCCAUGUGCCUGCUAUGUCAAUUCUGAAGUCCAUUGCACUUUUCGAUCUCUAGCAACAGUUCCAACAAGAAUACCUAAGCAUGUGGAAAGAAUAAAUUUAGGGUUCAACAGUAUUCAGUUCAUACCUGAAAAUGCCUUCUCAGGACUUUCGAAGCUGGAGAUGCUUUUAAUUCAUAGCAAUGACGUGCAAAAUAUCCCCAAUGGUGCUUUUAAAGACUUAAGUUCUCUGCAGGUUUUCAAAAUGAGCUACAACAAGCUGAAAGUUAUUAACAGCCACACAUUUCAUGGACUUUUUGGUUUAACCAGGUUACAUGUUGACCAUAAUAAAAUUGGAUUCAUACAUCCCAAUGCAUUUAAUGGCUUAAUUGCCUUAAGACUGCUUCAUCUAGAAGGGAACUUGCUUCAGCAAAUUCAUGCCAACACCUUCUGCACUUUUAAUUUUUUGGGCUAUUUUAGACAAUCAACAUUGAAACACCUUUACUUAUCAGACAACAUGAUUCAGACACUGCCUGCAGCCAUGAUUAAAACAAUACCAUUGCUAGAGAAUUUAUAUCUCCAUGGCAACCCAUGGGCCUGUGACUGCCAAUUAAAAUGGCUGCUUGAAUGGGAUGAACAAUCCAAUGGUGUAUUAAAAUGUAAGAAAGACAGAUCAUACGAAAAUGGACAGCUGUGCCCAAUGUGCUCCACUCCAAGACAUCUGCAAAACCAAGAAAUUCAGAGUCUGAAAGAUAUGUCCUGUGUACGUCCUACAAUCUCCUCACCAAUGAGGAUAAACAGCAGUGACUCUUACUCUGAUGAUGAUGAUGAUGAUGAUGAUGUUAAUGAUCUUCAAUUGUUAGAGUUAAAUAACGAUUUUCUCGGGCAAAUUGUUUUAAAUAUGAGUGAUGAGCAUGGGAAUAAGGUUAAUCUAGAUUGUCAGAUAAAGAAAACAGAAGAUUUCAGCAAAAUGAAUUGGAACCAACUUCAUGCAGAAGAGAUUGAUAUCAAUAUGACAUUUGUUCUUGAUUUUGAGUGCCCCAUGACACGGGAUAACUAUGAAAGACUUUGGAAACUAAUAGCUUACUAUAGUGAGGUUCCUGUUAAGUUGGAAAGAGAGUUGCUGUUUACUGAUAGCGCAAAACUGACUUACAGAUAUAAACAAAAUCUGGACCAUGAUUCAUAUUAUUACACAGGAGUUAGGGCUGUUAUAACAGCAGAGCCUGAAUGGGUGAUGCAAAACAUUAUCAAGGUUCAGCUGAACAGAAGGAUGAGCACAGCUAAGAAGGUUACACUGUCUUUCUCCACACAGCUCUCCCAAUCUCUUCACACAAAACAUAUACAAUAUCCAAAGAGCAGCUGGGUCAUGAUAAAUAGAAAUGAAUACACCAAAACAUCAUAUAGUGUUGUUAAAGGCAGUGUUUGUCAACUGAACUGCAAUGUGAAGUCAUCGGAAACUCCUACUAUUGAAUGGAGUCUUCCAGAUGGGACAAUACUUAAAGCCCCACAUAGUGACCAAGAUAGCAAAUAUUCCAUAUCUGCUAAUGGCCAGCUGAUAAUCAAAGCUGCAGAUUUUGCUGAUUCUGGUGUGUAUCAUUGCAUAGCACAAGUAAAACAUGAGACGGAUACCUUGCCUAUUAGAGUGAUGGUACAACCUUCAGCAAAUGACAUAUCUGAAACUAACAUUAAAGUGGUCACCAAAACAAUUGGAGAACCUAUAAGUUUAGCUUGUAAUGCAUUUGCAAACCCUGAUGCUGAUGUCAACUGGAUUUUACCAAACAAUAAUAUUAUUAAUUCAGGGACAAAUAAAAGUGGUGUAUAUUUCUUAACUGAUGGGUCAUUGCUGAUUCCAAAUACCAAGCUUACUAAUACUGGCCUGUACAGGUGCAUAGCUAUAAAUCAAUAUGGAACAGACCUGCAUAGCGUGCAGGUGACAAUACUAAAAAAGUUCUCUGAGCAUUUAAAUAAAGUAACAAUAAUUAAAAAAUAUCCUGUGGUAAAACUUUCUAAAAAGCCCAAGUAUGAUGUGAUAGAUGAUGACAGAGGAUCAGGUGAGAGAGACAUACACGAGGAGACAGAUAAAUACUAUGAUGUUGAGAAUAGAAGAGAGUCUGGAAAAAAUAAAGGUUCUUCUGUAACUAGAAACCAAGGCAACAGAAAAGAUAGAGUAAAAACGAAUUCAUGGAAAAAUACAGAAAAAGAUAAAGACAGUAACAUAGCAGAAGGCAGAAGGAAAUUUGAUUCUAGGAGGAGAAUAAAUGUGGGCAAUAAACAGAUUGAUCCAAAGCAAUGGGCCAGUAUUUUGGCAAAGGUUAGAGGAAGAAAUGUUCAGAAAACAACUGAAAUUCCUCAUCUAACCAUUCCAAGAGCAACUACUGCACCAACAUUCAGUCAUAAAGCUACAACUUCACCUUCCAUAACUGAACCACCAUUGAAUAUCAUAACAGAAUCAUCAAAUAAUAUGGAAGAGGCAUCAGCAGAUGAAGAUGAUUUACUAUUUAUAACUUCUUCACCAAAAAUAACUAUAAGACAAUAUCAGGAUAUAACUACACUGGCAGAUCACAGAGUUUCCUCAACAACUAAUGAAGAGUCAGAUGAUUACAGUGAAGUUUCAUUUGCAGAGGAGAUUCAAGAGCAAGUGACAACUGAACCACCAGUUUCAUUGACUAAGUUAACUACUGUGAAUCCUUUAAUAUCAACUCUUGAGAAUUUUGAUGAAGAGCACUCCAUUUAUUCAACAGAUGAGGAAGAGGUAUAUCCUUUUACAGAAAUAUAUAAUGCAGAGACUGAGAUUACUGAUCCAACAAAAAACAUUCAAACAUAUGAAUCAGAUCACAUUCCUGGUCAAGUAACUAUAAAACCUCAACAAGAACACUUUUCAGAUAAACAUUUUUCUUCUGUUGAAGUUCAAACCAUUCCUAGCGAGUAUGAUGUGGAAACAGAUGAAAAUGAAGCAAAGGUUCCAACACCUAACUAUGACAUUAUACAUCAUGCUACAGAUGAAGAGUCUACAGUGAUUAUUUCGACACAGUUUGCUUCUGAAUAUCCAACAUCAGACUACAAUGACCAGCUAAAUUCCAUGAAUUUGUACAAUGAUAACUUAAUAUAUGUGACAGAGAAAUUGAAUACUAAUACAUAUCCUUCAUAUCCUACAAAAAUUAGUAUUACAGGACAUGACCAAAUGGUCUCUAAAGCUAUUGAGAGAAUUAUACCUAAACCUUCUAGUUCUACUGUUACACCAUUACCAACAAUUGCCGCUACCACUUAUGUGGAUCCUAUAUUAUCUAGUCCAAUGGAGGAAGAACCUGCUGAUACUUCUAAGGAUUAUAUUUAUCCAACAGAAAAUGUAUUAAACACUAAUACUGACAAAAAUCAUGAUACUAAAACAUUCAGUGUAGAUAUAAAACAACUUUUACUGACAACAAUAAGAAGUUCUCAUACUAUUAAAAGUCCCAUUGAUAAAUUAAGAACUGUUACCUCUACUCCCCCAGGAACAAUUAAAACAACACCCAUUAUUUCUCAAACACUGAGCUCAACCACUCCACUUCUAACACAUGGCUACAUUCAAUAUCCUAGACGAAGAAACCAAGGGAGACGAAAGUUUCGACCAAAUCGACCCAGACAUCGGCAGAACCAAAUUUUUCCUACAGUGUCCUCUAGGCAAAACGCAUAUAACAUUAUUACUCAGAAUCCAGUUCAUUCAACAACUGAUGAAGACAAGACCACUAAAGCUUUAGCAAACCAAGAAAAUACUCUUUAUCAGACUAGCAAAAUGACACACCCAAGCACUAUACUAGAACCAACUGAAUCUGUACCGCUCCUAACUGUAGAAAAUGAUACAUUGAUAGAUAUUCCAGCUACUACCCCCACAGCUACCAAGAUCUUGGAAUUACCACUUGCUCCCCCUGUCACAACAACAGACAUAGCAUAUAUUUAUGCUGAUAUAGACAGCACAAAAGAAUUGUAUACAUUAAAACCUACUAAAGAUGCAAUAACUACACAUCACAUACAGACUACAAGAGAUCGCGAUGGUACAACGAAUUAUACUAAAGACUUUAAUGCUCAAGACACCACCAUGAAAUACAUUGCAAGUACACCUCCAUCAUGGCCUGAAACAUAUAAAUUACCAGAAUCUGAAAAUAAAGUAGACACAGAAGUACAUCUUUCUGUUGAAACAGAACCUUCUCCUGUACUUCUUACAGAGGAACCAAUGCUAACCACUCAAACAACUACAACUAGCAAUUUCAUGAAAUAUAUAAAUUAUGUACAAAAGAAUAUAGCUAAGCAAACUAUGUCUACAUCCACAGAACACACAACACAAAAACCUACAACCCCUGUUUAUAGGGAUGAGACUAAACACAGAAUAAUUCAUGUUUAUUCUGGAAACAAAGGAAGCCUUUGGAGGCCACUUGAUGAGAAAAUAACGCCUAACCCUGGUAAAUAUAUGACUAUGUCUCCAAUUACAAUGAAUACUUUUGCUCCUACCACGCAUUUCCAUUCAACUUCUCCAAGCACACGACUCAACAUGCCUAUUCAGCAUUCAAUACUUAAGAGAAUAAAAGAUCAAGACGCUAUAAAUCAAGUUGUACCAACUAGAGCUACAAAAAUACUGCAAGCAAAUACGCUUUCCUCAAGACUUAAUGAACUGGAUACAUAUUCUUCCAACCAGAACAAAAUGUUUUCACAGUCUAAACAAGAUCACUUUAAGAAUAACUAUGGUUCAAAGUUAAAUAACAGCCUCUUUUAUAACGCAAAACAUCCACAACAACCUCGAGUAGUGAAUAACUACCAUCAUGCAAUAGCUCCCCCAUAUUAUAACCCCGUAAGAGGGACCAUAAGAUCACCUUACAUUGGCACCCAUGGACCUCUGCGUUACUAUACUACUAAUCAGCCUUUUUCAAUAACUAAUAAACCAGAAAUAACAGCAUAUACAGCACAAAAUUUUCAAGAAAGAAAAACAUCUAUACCAAACGUGCCGACGACCACCCCUGCAACAACCACAACGACAGUUAUUCCAUUGUUCAGACCAAGACCGGUGACACCAAAUAAAUUUAUUCACGGGCAAAGAAUUUCACCCAAUUACAGACAAUUUGGAAAUAAUUUUAUAACUGAUGGCAAAGGUACUUCAUUCAGAAUACCUUACCAAGGAAAUCCAUAUUACGUAAACCAAAGAGUGCUAUAUCAUUUAAAUAGAACUAGGCCUUUUCAAUUUCCUGGGACUCCAAAGACUAGUCCUCUGACUAUUUCACUGGUUAAGGAAAAUAAUAAAGUGUGGACAACACCAAUCAAUACUAAUAUAAGAACAACCACUUCUACAUCAACAAGUUUAGCUACUACAACGCCUACUUACAAUGCACAAACUCGUAUGACUCUGCAAGGCUCUACAGCUCAGCCAUAUUGGUAUUAUUUAAAUGUUAAUCCAAGACUUCGACCUCCAACAAGUAAAGAGGAUUCAACACUGCCACCUUCCAUACGGACCAAAUUGCUAGAAAACAAGCCCAGGAUUAUGACCACUGGCAUCCACUUUGUAUCUGUGCCAUAUGAAAUGGAUGCAGUUUUCCCGUGUGAAACUAUUGGCGAACCAAAGCCUUUGAUUACUUGGACAAAACUUGCUACAGGGGCCAUGAUGUCAUCAAAUACCAAAAUACAGCGAUUUAAAGUCUUUGAUAAUGGUACAUUACAUAUACAGAAACUUCAACUUCAGGACCAUGGGCAAUAUAUGUGUACUGCACAGAAUACACAUGGCGUUGACAAGAUGACUGUUACUUUGGCAGUUGUUGCCCAGCAACCAAAAAUGCUAUUACCUCGUUUCAAGGAUACUUUGAUAUAUCUUGGAGAUACAAUUACAAUGGACUGUAAUGCUAGUGGCAUACCCCCUCCCCAUAUUUCUUGGAUUCUGCCUGAUAGAAAAAUAAUACAGACUAUUUCUACAACAGAGUCACGCAUAACACUUUUUGCUAAUGGAAGUUUAUCCACUAAAGAAGUGACAUUUCCUGACCGGGGAAUCUACAAGUGUAUUGCUAGUAAUGUGGCAGGAGCUGACAGCUUAACGGUGAAGCUUCAAGUAUCACCUUUACCUCCUAUAAUUCAACAAGAAAAAGUGGAAAAUAUUUCUCUGCCUCAGAGUCAUAGCAUUUUUAUUCACUGUUCAGCAAAAGGUGCUCCUCCACCUACUAUCCGAUGGGUGCUCUCAGACGGUACUCAGGUCCGUCCAUCCCAGUUUGCAAAUGGAAACUUAUUUGUAUUCCCUAAUGGAACACUUUACAUCCGUAACACCUCGCCAAAAGACAUUGGGAAGUAUGAGUGCAUAGCAGCAAAUGUUGUAGGUGCAGCCAGGAGAUUAAUACAUCUGGAUGUAAAGAAAUACCCAUUAAAUGCUAAGAUCACUUCAAGCUCUCCACAGAAAACAGAUGUAUCAUAUGGUGGAACUCUACGAUUAGACUGUAGUGCAGCUGGUGAUCCAUGGCCGCGAAUUAUGUGGAGACUCCCCUCUAAGCGUCUGGUGGACUCUUUCUUCAGCUUUGACUCCAGAAUCAAGACCUUUGCAAACGGAACACUGAUUAUUUAUACGGUUACUGAAAAAGAUGCAGGGGACUAUUUGUGCAUGGCACGGAAUAAACUUGGAGAUGACUACCUGGUGCUCAAAGUAAAUGUGAUGAUGAAACCUGCAAAGAUUCAGUAUAAAAAUGAUGCUGACCACAAAGUUAUAUAUGGUGGAGAUCUAAAGGUUGAUUGUGUUGCUACUGGUGUUCCAAAUCCUGAAAUUUCAUGGAGCCUCCCAGAUGGAAGUAUGAUCAACAACAUUAUGCAAUCAGAUGAUAGUGGUACACGAUCAAGAAGAUAUGUUGUAUUUAAUAAUGGUACAUUGUUUCUGAAUGAAAUAGGAAUGAAAGAGGAAGGUGACUAUACAUGUUAUGCUGUAAACCAAAUUGGACAAGACGAGAUGCGGGUGAGCGUCAAAGUGGUGGCAGAGAAGGCAGUUAUUAAAAACAAGACUUACUCAGUUAUCAAUGUACCCUAUGGUGAUGUUAUCACUGUUUCAUGUGAAGCGAAAGGAGAGCCUAUCCCUAGAAUAACAUGGCUUUCCCCAGCCAAUCGACCCAUACCUUCUUCAUCAGAAAAGUAUCAAAUAUACAGAGAUGGUACUCUUCUUAUCCAAAAGGCUCAACGAUCUGAUAGUGGAAACUAUACAUGUCUAGCACAGAACAACGGUGGGGAGGACAAAAAAGUUGUUUAUAUUCUGGUCAAUGUUAUUCCCCCUAAAAUCAAUGGUUACUCCAAUAAAAUAAUGUCCAUAAAAGAAUCGGCAAUGAAAGAUACACGCUUGUUGAUAGACUGUAAGUCUGAAGGAAUUCCAACACCACGUGUAAUGUGGGCUUUUCCUGAAGGAGUAAUCCUUCCUGCUCCUUACUAUGGCAACAGAAUUACUGUUCAUCGAAAUGGAACUCUGGACAUUAAAGUUGUACGGAAAACAGACUCUGUACAAUUAGUCUGCAUUGGAAGGAAUGAAGGUGGAGAAGCCAAGUUAAAUGUGCAGUUAACAGUGACAGAGCCAGCAGUGAAACCUCACUUUAACAGUGACAAUGGAAAUGUUGUUGUGGCAGAGGGCCAGUCUGUUAAACUUAACUGCUCAGCUGUAGGCUCUCCACAGCCUGAAACAAUAUGGAUUCUUCCAAAUGGAACAGAGAUUCGCAGUGGUAAUCACCUCCACAGAAUGUUUCACCAACAGGAUGGUACAUUACACAUUGGUACUACAGCAGUUGGCGACGGAGGGACCUAUCGUUGCAGAGCUGUAAACAUUGCUGGAUCCGCUGACAGUCUGGUGACUUUGCAAAUUGGGCGUAAACCACAAAUAAAUAACAAUUAUAAUAACUUAGUCAGUAUAAUCAAUGGAGAAACUUUACAACUCUACUGUACCACACAAGGGGAAACCAGGCCUCAUAUCUCUUGGACACUGCCUAAUGGCAUGGUUAUCGAUGGUCCUCAGGUUAAAGGUAGAAUUUCUCUGUUACAAAAUGGCUCCCUUGUUGUAAGGGAUACUUCUGUUUAUGACAGAGGAAGCUAUCAAUGCAAAGCAACAACAGAAUAUGGUUCAUCCACAAUGAAUGUUCCUGUGAUAGUUAUAGCAUAUCCUCCACGUAUAACUACUAGUCCUGCACCUGUAAUAUAUACAAGACCAGGAAGCUCUGUUCAGUUAAACUGUAUGUCAAUUGGCAUACCAAAAGCUGAAAUAACCUGGCAGCUUCCGGAUAAAUCUUACUUAACCUCAGGAGCACAGUCUCGCUUAUAUGGAAACAAAUUUCUUCAUCCUCAGGGGACAUUAGUUAUUCAACACUCUUCAAAGAGAGAUGCAGGUUAUUACAAAUGCACAGCCAAAAAUAUAUUAGGCAGUGACACCAAAACCACCUAUAUACAUAUAUAUUAGGACAAAGGUAAAAUAACUAUACAGGUAAAAUGCCCAUGACUGCCAUACAAGUGCAAAGUAACUGUAUCAAGAAUAACUUUCCUGCGGCACCUUGCUGUCCAGACUAAGGGCCCGAUUCAGCAUGGGUUGUAGUUGUGCGAAAAAUCACACAACUACAGCCCUUUACACUGACAUGGGGGGAUGCCCAGUACAGGGCAAGACCGACCUGCAUGUGUGUCCUGCCCCCCCGCUGACAUGCGAGCGCUUCGCUCAGCGGCAAAGCGCUCACAUGAUUAGGGUUGCCCCUACUGCCUAGCUGCUUAGGCAGAUGGCUACCAGCCACCUUUUGGUCGCAGCAACUGCAUGUAACAUAAUGCAGCCACCGCGGGCCGCCCCACAAAUGGUCUGGACAUGCCUGCAUUGUCCGCACCGUGACCCCCAUUGCUGACAUGUAGACCCCUAAAUCCUGCGUUGAUGCCCACUCACGCCCGGCGAACACCUCUGCCUGUCAAUCAGGCAGAGGCAAUCGCAUAUAUGAGAUGCCGUUGCAUCUCACUGUGUGUGCUCACGCUGUGCAGCAUCAGCGCAUGUGAACACUGCAGAAGGGCUUCAGCAUGUGAACGCAGCAUAGAUGCGAUCCAUGCUGAAUCGGGCCCUAAGUCAUUUAAAUGGAUCUUAUUUGUACACCAGUAAACAUUAGGUAGUUGGUGAAAUUUUGUAUUAUAAUACCACAAGUGAUAUCUGAUUGUUAUAACUGCAGAGAUGAGGUAUUUAGGAAUUUGCUAAACUGCCAUCCCCUAACUGAAAAGCAUAGAUCCACUCCUAUGUACAAAAUAUAAAGGAAUGAUAACAUUCAAUCACAUAAUUUAACAUUAAAAUUUCUGAAUGAUACAGUAUCACAUUGGCCUAAUCUGCACCUUACUACCAAAGAAGUAUUAAUAUUAUACACAUACUACAGUAAUAUGUGUUUUGCUCUUUGCUUGAAGAUAAUUAUUGUUAUCCUUCACCUUUGAUAAUGUCCAUGUUCCUGAACCAUUAUUACUUAAAGGAAAAUUAUCUCCAAAAUUAAAAUUGCUUCUUGUAAACAACAGAAAAAAGAAGACGAGAGCUGUUGUUAUUGUAUUGAUAUUGCAAGAUUACAUGUUACUAUAGGAGCAAUUUGGAUUUAGUUAUAAUUUUUCUUGAAUAACUUAUAAAUGUGCAUCCAUAUACUGGAUAAGGAAUGUUUCACCAUCUACAAACAAGACAAUCACCCCAUCUCAAUUCCGAAAUGGUCUUUGAGAAAUAUGAACUAAUAAGCAACAGAAAAACGUCUGUGGUUGAUGCUUUUUGCAUAUGUUUUAUAUUAGUAAUCUAACCAUGAGACAACAAUCACUACAACCCUUGUCUCAUUUUUAUAAAUUAUUGGUCUUUAAAAGACUUUGCUGCAAACAGUUUUUAUAUUAUUAUGAUCAUUGUACUGUACAUUUUAUAUUAAAUAUUAUUUUCCAAACAAA